GCCAGGCUACCCUUGGAAGCGUGAGGGACAUGUGUUUACCUUAUGAGGAUGGGGGCAGUGCACCUGGGGCUGAGGUAGACCAUAGAGGACCUAAGACCUGGCAGGGAUGCAGUCAGAACUGCAGACGCCUCCAGCAGGGUGCCAGCGAGGCAGCCUGUCUAAGGCAGAGCAGAAUUGUGCAGUAGAAUUUGCUCACGGGAAUUCUUUUUCUUUCAGCCCAGUGUGAAAAUGACAUGCAGUUUCUCUGCUGUAAGAGAAGGAGGAUAUCCCAUAGUUUAUUUCCUGGUGUCUUUUUUCUCCACUUUCUCUUGUCACUAACUUUGUGCUCUGCGCCCGCCCCUCCCCAAGCCCUUACUCUGCCCUCUGCCCCUUACUUAGAGCCUGAGCCAUGGAAUUGGCCCUAGGGCAGCAAGAACCUGUUGUUUCAGAAGUCGGUGACCUUUGAAGAUGUGGCUGUGUACUUCACCCAGACGGAAUGGGAUGGUUUGUCCCCUGAGCAGAGAGCAUUGUACAGGGAUGUGAUGCUGGAGAAUUAUAGGAACUUGGCCUCUGUGGGUAAGGUUUCUCUCCCACAGAACUCUGCCAUUUUGGGUUUCUUAGCUCCUUUCUUCCUAAGAAGUGGCUGGUGGGGAUUUGGUAAUUGUUUAAUGAGUGGGCUUUUUCUAAUCUCCUAUGUAUAGAUUGCUGGAAGAGCAAAUCUCGAGCUGUUUGGGGCCAACAAAGAACUUUGCUAAGCCUCAGGCACGCUUCUGAAGAACCCUAGAGAAGCUGUAUAUUGGACAUGGUUUGAGAAAUAGAAACUUGAUGUUCUACAGAGGCACUUUCAGGCUGCCCCUCACCUUACUAUAUCGAGUCUUUCUAAGAAUUCCAGUGAACUCUGGGUAUUUCAGGCCAAGAUCAAGAAGUGGUAUCCCUUCAGGCAGACUCCUCGCAGCUUUCUCUGCAUGUGGUCCCUGGCUCACAUUCUGACCCUUCUUAUCCCUGUCUGCCUCCUUUCUGAGGAUCUUACCUUCUUCCCCGUGGUGGAGGCAGUCUCAGAAGUUACGAAUGCACAUGUGGGAGAGUUUUCAUUAUUUUCUGUUUCCGUUUCCCAAAUCAGGAUUUCCACUUCUCAAACCUGCUGUGAUCUCACAGCUAGAGGAACGAAAAGAUCUGGAAAACCUGUCUCAGCUGGCCACUGGAACAGACUCCCAGGGCCUCUGGACUGAAUGUACUGCUAUCCAGACUGGCAAUAAUUUGACAGAAGAAGUGUAUGAAGAAAAAAAGAAUACAUUAUUUGAACUUCAGAAGGACUUUUCUCAGGAAACAAACUUUUCAAAAGCUUAUAUUGUUGGCCAACAACAGGAAAUCCAGUCAGCAGGAAGUGAGAGGGAGAGUGUCAGUGCCACUGACGGAAGAGCUAAGACAAGCUCCCUGGAAGGGUGUUUAUGUAGUCAGACUCCACACUGGUCCCAGGAUCAUGCCAGCUCCACUGGAGAGCAAUACUCUGAUACCAAACUUACGAAGAAUGAAAGAAUUACUACAGAGGAAAGACCUUUGAAACACACAGAAUUAGCAGAGGCUUCUCAAGGUAGCUCUCAAGUUAAUCAGCUUCCAGAAAUCUGUGAUGUGGAAAAGCCCUACCAGUGUACAGAAUGUGGCAAAGCCUUCAGUGUUAAAGCCAAGUUUGUUUGGCAUCAAAGACUUCAUAACGGAGAGAAACCUUUCAAAUGUGUGGAGUGUGGGAAGUGCUUCAGCUACAGUUCACACUAUAUCACACACCAGACAAUCCACAGUGGAGAAAAGCCCUAUCAGUGUAAGGUAUGUGGCAAAGCCUUCAGUGUUAAUGGAAGUCUCGUUAGACACCAGAGGAUACACACAGGAGAGAAGCCCUAUCAGUGCAAGGAGUGUGGGACUGGCUUCGGCUGUAGUUCUGCAUACAUCACUCAUCAGAGAACCCACACUGGGGAGAAACCUUACGAGUGUAGUGACUGUGGGAAAGCUUUCAAUGUUAAUGCAAAAUUGAUUCAGCAUCAAAGAAUUCACACUGGAGAAAAGCCUUACGGGUGUGAUGUGUGCGGAAAGGGCUUCAGGUGCAGCACCCAGCUUAGGCAGCAUCAGAGCAUACAUACUGGAGAGAAGCCACAUCGCUGCAGUGAGUGUGGCAAAGGCUUCACUAAAAAUGCAAAGCUCAUUCAACAUCAGAGAGUACAUACCGGUGAGAAACCCUAUGCGUGCAGCGACUGCGGAAAGACUUUUAGUGCCAAAGGGAAGUUAAUCCAGCACCAGAGGAUCCACACAGGUGAGAGGCCUUACGAAUGUAGUGAAUGUGGGAAAUCCUUUAGGUGUAACUCCCAGCUUCGGCAGCAUCUGAGAAUCCAUACUGGGGAGAAGCCAUAUAAGUGCAGUGAGUGUGGAAAGGCCUUCAACGUUAAUGCAAAGCUAAUGCAACACCGGAGAACUCACACCGGGGAGAAGCCAUUUGAAUGCAAUGAAUGUGGGAAAUGCUUUACUUCUAAAAGAAACCUGCUUGAUCACCAGCGGACCCAUACUGGAGAAAAGCCAUAUCGGUGUCAAGAGUGCGGGAAAGCCUUCAGUAUCAAUGCCAAGUUAACCAGGCAUCAGCAAAUACAUACUAGGGAGAAACCUUUCAAGUGUAUGGAAUGCGAGAAAGCAUUCAGCUGUAGUUCUGACUAUAUUGUGCACCAGAGAAUACAUACUGGAGAGAAACCCUUUCAGUGCAGUGAGUGUGGCAAGGCCUUCCAUGUCAAUGCUCAUUUAAUUAGACACCAGAGAAGCCAUACUGGGGAAAAGCCUUUCCGAUGCAUGGAGUGUGGCAAGGGCUUCAGCCUUAGUUCUGACUGUAUUAUUCAUCAGACUGUCCAUACUUGGAAGAAACCCUAUGUAUGUAACGUAUGUGGGAAAACUUUCAGGUUUAGCUUCCAACUAAGUCAGCACCAAGAUGUUCACAAUGAAAACAAAUCCUAACGAAGAAAAAAAACAACAAAACUAAAAAAAAAA